UUCGGCUCGUUUCGCAUCACAGACAGCUGAAGCCUGAAACAUAAAAAACCCAAAACCCAAAACCUCACCUCCACAAACAUACACUAUCGCCAAGUCAAAAAUGGGAACUCUUGGAAGAGCCAUAUACACCGUUGGGUUCUGGAUUCGCGAGACUGGUCAGGCCCUUGAUCGUCUGGGCUGCCGCCUCCAAGGCAACUAUUAUUUUCACGAACAACUGUCAAGGCAUCGAACUCUCAUGAACAUAGUUGAUAAAGCUCCUGUGGUUGACAAGGAUGCAUUUGUUGCUCCCAGUGCCUCUAUCAUUGGGCAUGUUCAAGUAGGAAGAGGAUCGUCUAUUUGGUAUGGAUGUGUUUUGAGAGGGGAUGUAAACAGCGUAAUUGUUGGAUCAGGAACUAAUAUACAAGACAACUCACUUGUGCAUGUUGCAAAGUCUAACCUAAAUGGGAAGGUGUUACCAACUACUAUUGGGAACAAUGUUACUGUAGGCCAUAGUGCUGUUUUGCAUGGCUGCACUGUUGAGGAUGAAGCCUUUGUAGGAACAGGAGCAACUCUACUUGAUGGUGUUGUUGUUGAGAAACAUGGGAUGGUUGCUGCUGGAUCUCUUGUGCGGCAGAAUACUAGGAUUCCUUCCGGUGAGGUAUGGGGAGGCAAUCCUGCAAAGUUUCUAAGAAAGCUCACUGAUGAAGAGAUAUCCGUUAUUUCCCAGUCAGCCACCAAUUAUUCCAACUUGGCACGGGUGCAUGCUGCUGAGAAUUCAAAGCCCUUUGAUGAAAUUGAGUUUAAGAAAGUUAUUAGCAAGAAGUUUGCUCAGCGAGAUGAGGAAUAUGACUCAAUGCUAGGUGUUGUCCGUGAAACUCCCCCAGAAUUUCCUCUUCCAGAUGACAUCAAAGAUCCAAAGGUCUCACAGAAAUGAUAUAUUGAGAUUUGACAUUAAAAAAAAAAUUGUUGUUACAUGCAAAUACAUGGAGAGGGAUUCAUUCUCAUUCCCAAUAAGGCCCGACAUGUAGGUAGAAUUGUGGCUCCUUUUAAGCUUUCAGUUUUGCCGUCUUGUGGCUGUUUAAAAUCUCCAUGUCUGCACUGAUAGGAACUAUUACCAUUAAAGCAGCUUGUAUGUUGAUGUUUUGUCUUGUAUUUGAGACAUUUAUUUUGGAGGUGAUUUUGUUCACCAUCUACAUUUUUCAA